CGAUACAACAAAGAAAAGCACAAUGAUUUUUCGUUGUUCGAAGGAGUUAGUUUCAUCGUCAGCGAAACACUUCUGUCAUGUCUCAACAAAGAUGGGGUACGCACGGAAAGGAGCAGGCCUUCCAUCGGUGGCAUCGGUGGCAUCGGUGGCAUCAUUGUCAGCAUUGACAAUGGAAUCAUCUUUACUGCCGUUUCAUAAAAGCACCACCCAAUCGCGGUGUUUUUCUUCCUCCCCUGCCAUUGUCGAAGGAGACUCUGACUCUGACGAUGAUGAUGAAAGAUACAUGUAUGAAAUCAAUAACAAUCCCGGCAACAACCAAGCUUUGGGUGAUCUUAUCCGCCGUGGAAAAUCCGGAACACCAUCACCGUGGGCAGUCUUCGAUGCAUGGGGUGCCGGAAAUGACGUCGGUGAAAACCAUCACGGACAAAUGUCGUCGGAUGAGAACUUUCUCCUUUCUGACGAAUCCGUGAGAAUACCAGAGCGCAAUGAAUGCCAGGACACAAACAACGAGAUUGCCUCCGAGACCGAUAUCCUCAAGGCCUACGACAAGUUUUUGCAACAACGAUCCUCCGUGCACUUUGGUUAUCCUUACAACCUCAUGUACGAUCACUCAGAAUUGUUUGAGUUUAUGAAGUAUUCCAUCAACAACCUCGGAGAUCCUUACGUGACAUCCAAUUACAGCGUCCAUUCUCGACAAUUUGAACGUGCUGUCAUUGACUUUUUUGCUCGCCUCUGGAAAGCCGACAAAGAUUCAUAUUGGGGUUACGUGACCACCAGUGGUACAGAAGGGAAUCUACACGGGAUUUUGGUAGCACGGGAAUGCCACCCAGAUGGGAUCCUAUACACCUCAAACGAGACGCAUUAUAGCAUCUUCAAGGCAGCCAGGUAUUAUCGAAUGGACUGCCGAUCCAUCCCGACACUGCCAAUGGGGGAAAUAAAUUAUGAUUUGUUGGAGAAAGAACUCUCAGAAAACCGGGACAAACCUGCCAUUAUCAAUGUUAACAUUGGGACAACAGUUAAGGGGGCGGUCGACAAUCUCGAUCGGGUCCUUGAUAUUUUGAAUCGACUCGAGAUUCCACGCGAAAGAUUCCACAUUCAUUGUGACGGAGCCCUCUUUGCACUCAUGAUGCCCUUUAUCGACGAUGCCGCCUCGGUUUCUUUCCAAAAACCCAUUGACUCGAUUGCCGUGAGCGGCCACAAAAUGCUCGGCUGUCCGAUGCCAUGUGGAGUGACACUGAGUCGAAAGGAAAACGUGAAAAAGGUAGAGGAUCACAUCGAAUACUUAAAUAGUGUCGACACAACAAUCAUGGGAUCAAGGAAUGGACAGGCCGCACUAUACAUGUGGUACAGUCUUCGAAAGAAGGGAUUGGAAGGAAUCCAGAAAGAUGUGGAGUGAGUAAUACUGAUUUGUGGUGGGUUCCGCCUGGGCUUUCGUUUGUUCCGUUUCGAAAUGCUAACUCUAUUUUCUACGACUAUUGUGUACAACUUUUUUGUACCGAUGCAGGCAUUGCAUAGAAACAGCCAAGUAUUUGAGAGAUACACUAUCCCAGGCAGGAGUUUCUUGCCGUCUCAAUGACUUGAGCUCAACUGUCGUCUUGGAACGCCCCGUGGACGAUUCUUUUAUCAAGCGAUGGCAGCUCGCAUGCGAGGAGGACAUCGCCCACGUAGUGGUCAUGCCCAACGUCACGCGAAACAAGAUUGACCUUUUCGUACACGAACUUCUUAAUAGUUUCCAAACCCAUGGUCGCAUCAAACUGGCACAUCCGAAUUCGCCAUUAAAACUUCUAGAGAGCGAUGCCUGGGAUAUAGCGAUGUAAUGCUGCAACAUUUUGCUACUUCGAUCCGCCCUUUUUUCUGAAAGAAAUGCGACACACCAAACAGCAGUGCUAUUUGCAGUUAGACUUUAACUGUAACCGCCAUUGGUUCGGCGCUAAACUAAAAUAAUUUGUAUGUC